AUGACUUCCACCGAGCUCAGACAAGAAGAUUCCAUGCCCUCAAAGAAUCCUUAUGCUUGGUCCAAGACCUCAGAGCCUGAAAUCAGCCUAGACCACUUCCUAACAAAGUAUCGACCCUCAAUGGUUCGAGACGACGGCACGAAGCCGUGGUUAUGGGUCCGGGCCCGUGAGCCGUCAGAAGAUAGUACUAUGGAAGGUGAAACUGCUGCAAUUGCUGAGGCAACUGUCGUAUUGGAGGAAGCUACGGAGAAGGUUCAAAGCAUCCAGAACGACGCGUCAAUACCUGUUCGAUCCAACAAGAAAACAGGGGCUAAGAGCAAGAAAGAAGUUCGAGAGCAGGCAAGUCUUUCUCCUGUUCAAGCAGGAGCCGCCGAGAAAUUGAAGGAUAUCGCGAUCAAAAAUGGCUAUACUUGCGGCAAAUGGCUCGUGUUCGCAUCAUCAGAAAAGGUUGAUUCAAUAUGGUCGGGCGUCGCUAGGUCCCUUGUCGAUGGCCCUCUCUCAACAACCACGGCAUUUUGCGCUAAAGUGGCGACAUGUCCGGCUGACGAAAAGCCCAACCAUCAGCAUGUCCUGUGCAUCUACAUGCCUAACGUAUAUGAUAAAGAUGCAGUAACAGAAGUUAUGAAGAUCUUGCUGCGCCAUCAUGGAUUAAAUCUUAGUGGCGUCAAAACAGAUUUAUACACGGACCUAAACAUUGAUAGUAAACACCCUUCUGGAAUCCCUUCCACAAUCUGGAAAGCUACGUCGUUGAUGAAGGACACCGAAAUCAAGGGAGGUGAGUUACGCGAUGCAUUUUUCAAUGAACUCGCAGCGAGACCUAAAGAUUCUGCUCCGCCUCCCGCGUCGAAGGAGCCAGAGAAGAGUUCAGAGACAGCCCAACCUGAUGAUGAAAAGCCCAAGCCCAAGCCUAAAACGAAACUCAAGAAAAAGAUGCAAGUUGAAGAUGCUUUUGCCUCUGACAACGACGAGGAAGACGCCAGAGAAGAGGAAAAAAGAAAAGUGGAGCUCAAAAAGAAAUUGGCCAAGGCACGGAAACGAGAUGAUAGCGACGACGAAGAAGAGAAGCCCAAGAAAAAGACGGCCAAGAUAUAA